AUUGGACCUCCAAGUUCUCCAACAGCCUCGAGCCGGGGACACGGUUCACUGAACCUCUGGAACCGGGCUGACGGGAGGCUGAAGAGAUGCGAGUACGGAUACACGACAGGUCUUGAAUGUUUCUCUUUUGGGAUGUUGCACACCCAGCCAUUCGUUAGGUAACCAGGUCUUCACGAAAUACCGUGAGCCCGACCUCGCCCAACUCCCGCGGCCCGGCGGUCUGCAACUCAAAACCGAGACUGCUCGCGGGGCGCGUUGUGGGCAUGCCAAGAUGAUCACGUUGCUGAUCUAUUCGGCUCUCUUUUGCAUAUUCACCUUGGCAGCUCUUGCGGCCUACCUAACGCUCACACUUACCAAGUACAAUCGACCUCCAGCGGGCUCGAGGGAAGGACCCGUAUCCGUCCAUGUUCUAGUCCUAGGCGACAUUGGACGCAGCCCCCGCAUGACAUAUCAUGCCUUGAGCGUAGCCAAACAUGGGGGAAAGGUGAACUUGAUCGGGUAUCUCGAAACCUCACCCCAUCCGGACGUUGUGGGUAAUCCCAACAUCACAAUCAACCCCCUUCCCACGCCUCCGUGCAGACCGGCGGCCAUUCCGUUCAUAUUAUUUGCCCCGUGGAAGGUCCUCUAUCAAGUCUCCCACCUCGCCGGCCUCCUCAGCCACGUGCCACCAGCCCAAUGGAUCCUGGUCCAGAACCCGCCAUCCAUCCCGACCCUCGCCGUGGCCGGUUUGAUCUGCUUCCUGCGCAAUAGCAAGCUGAUAAUCGACUGGCACAACUACGGCUGGUCCAUCCUGGCGGGAACUCGAGGCCCCAAGCACCCGCUCGUUGCGCUCUCCAAACUCUACGAAUGCUACUUCGGCCGGCUGGGCUCUCUCCACCUCACAGUAACUCAGGCAAUGGCGCGCCAGCUGCGUAGCCCGCCGUAUUCUAUCGCUCAACCCAUGUUGGCCGUGCACGACCGACCCGCGGCGCUUUUCCAGCCGCUCCCGUCGCCUUCGGCGAGAGAGGAGAUUCUGAAGCGGGUCCUCCCCGACCCAGAGAAGGAGCUGAUCCCCAAUCUCCUGGAUGGCACCAUGCGCCUCGUGGUGAGCAGCACAAGCUGGACCCCCGACGAGGACUUCUCCCUCCUGCUAGAUGCGCUGGAGCAGUACGCGCACGCUCCUGCCUCCUCCACACCGAUGGCAGUGCCGAUCCUGGCCGUGAUAACAGGCAAGGGCCCGCAAAAAGAACUCUACCUGCGAAAGAUCGCCGAGCUCACCGCGGCCGGGAAGCUGCCCAACGUGAGGGUCGUGGCGGCCUUCCUGCCAUUUGGCGACUACGCCGGUCUGCUGGCGUGUGCGGAUCUGGGGAUCUGUCUGCACAUGAGCAGCUCGGGCGUCGAUCUACCGAUGAAGGUUGUGGACAUGUUUGGCGCGGGCCUGCCGGUGGUGGCGUACUCUGGUUACGAGAGUUUUGGGGAGUUGGUCAGGGAAGGAGAGAAUGGAAGGGGAUUUGAAACAGCCGAGGAACUGGCCGAGAUCCUUCUACAUCUGCUCAGCGACGGCGGGGGCGCGGAGUUGGAGAGGUUGCGAAGAGGAGCUGUGAAGGAGGGGAGUAGGCGGUGGGACGAGGAGUGGGAUUCAAAGGUGGGCACGGUCCUGGGACUAGUGUCAUGAGGACGCCUCAACGCUUCUCGUGCGGGCGAGACGAUGGCGCCGAAGCUACGGCUUAUGUUUGGCUUUUCUUUUAGCGGAGUACAGGAGAGUCGCGUUGUUUGCCGCUGU